AUGUCCGCCAUCACCACCAACGGUAACGCCGUCGCUGACGCUACCCACCUCAACGGUGGCUCUGGCCUCGACAAGUCGGCUGCUCUGCCUACCGAGAACGGGGUCGGCCACGCCGCCGGAGCUGUCCCCAACCAGCACGCCGGAGUCGCCUCGCACACUGGUGGCGCUGGCAGCGAGGGCAUUAACCCCCUGCACCCUGGUGCCGGUUACGCCGGCGCAGGCUCGCAGGCCAGCGCUCCCGAUGCCGGACUCGCGUCUCAUUCGGCUGCUCCGUCGGCCCUUGACACCUCUGCGCCUGCGGCUCACUCCGCUGCUCCUUCAGCCGCUGAGCCCAUGUCGGCCACGUCGGCGACGACUGCGCCUCAGUCAGCCGUCUCUGCUCAGCACCCCUCGACUGCCGCUGCCGCCCCUGCUGCCGCUGCUCCUGCCGCUACGACGAACGCCGCACAAGCGCCUGCCGCUGGUCAGCCUACGACCUCGGCCGCAGCCCCCGCUGCUGCUGGUGCCGCCGGUGCUGGUGCUGCUGGAGCUGGCGCUGCCGGCGCUGGCCAAGGCACCACAGGAGGCGCUGUCAACGUCAAUGCCCUGACGAGCAAGGAAGUCAAGAAAUACGACAAGCUCCUCAAGACGGAGGCCAAGAACGAGGAGAAGAACCUCAGCAAGCUCCUGAAGGAGGCUUCUAUCGCUGAGAAGGCUCAAGCCAAGGCUGAGAAGGCCGAGCGCCAGUCGAUCAAGCGCCUUUCCAAGGCCACAAAGAAGGAGCACGACGCCUCCAAGAAGCUCAACCGUAUCACUGCCACUCACGGCAAGCGUGCUGAGGACAAGACCAAGGCCGAGCAGGAGCUCGACAUCAAGAAGAAGAACAAGACUGAGACUCACAACGCGUACGAGACCGCAAAGAAGCGUGUGGACGAGGCCCGCUCUGAGUCGCAGAAGAACCAGCAGGAGCGUGCAAAGAGGCAGCAGAACUUGCACGGCGGCACAGUAGCCUAG